CUGCCCAACAAAGCCGAAAAGCCCAAAAUUGAAUUGGGCUAACUUGCGGUUGCCACGAUUACCUUGUAGCUUCUUCCUCCUCCUUUCUCAUCCCGUUCUUAUUCACUCUGAAACCCUAAUCAUGCCGCCAUUAGCGUCUCUGCAACUUCGGAGGCUCUUACUCCGUUCUCGUUCCUUACCAUUCACAUCUCCCUCUCCGAUUCAUCACCCUCCUCUGUUUCCCCGACAUUCCUCUUCCCAUUUCUAUUCUCGAACUCUCUUCACCCCUUCGUUCUUCAUAACAAGACAUUUCUCAUCGGAAACCCAAACGGAUGAGAUUGCUAGCUCCCUCUCCUCAGAGCUUCUCAAAGAGCCAGACUCGGACGCUCUCUCCGUCUCGCAGCGCCUCAACCUGAGCUUCUCCCACAUCACUCCAACCCCCAAUUUAAUUCUCCAAACCCUAAACCUCUCCCCUCAAGCUGGCCGCACUGUAUUAGGGUUCCACCAAUGGCUCUCUUCCAACCCUCAAUUCUCCCACACCGACGACACUCUUUCAUACUUCGUCGACUACUUCGGCCGCCGCAAGGACUUCAAGGCCACGCACGACGUCCUCGCCGCCGCUUCCCCCGCCGCCGGCCCCAAAACCCUAGCCUCCGCGAUCGACCGCCUCGUCCGCGCGGGCCGGUCCAGCCAGGCGGUUCAGUUCUUCGAGCGAAUGGAGAGAGACUACGGGCUGAAGCGUGAUCGUGAUUCCUUAAAGGUGGUCGUAGAGAAGCUGUGUUCGGAGGGUUUCGCUAGUUACGCGGAAAAAAUGGUGAAGGAUUUGGCGAGGGAGUUUUUCCCCGACGAAGCCACGUGUGAUAUGUUGAUCAGAGGGUGGUGCAUUGAUGGGAAGCUCGAUGAAGCUCAAAGGCUCGCUGGUGAAAUGUAUCGUGGAGGAUUUGACCUUGGUGUAGGGGCUUACAAUGCCAUGCUUGAUUGCGUGUGCAAGCUUUGUCGCGAGAAGGAUCCGUUUCAGCUUCAUUCGGAGGCGGAGAAAGUGCUGGUGGAGAUGGAGUACCGCGGCGUUCCAAGGAAUACGGAGACAUUCAAUGUGUUGAUAACGAAUUUGUGUAAAAUUAGGAAGACUGAGGAUGCUUUGGGGUUGUUGCGCAGCAUGGGAGAGUGGGGGUGUUACCCUAAUGAGACUACUUUUCUUGUUCUGAUUAGGAGUUUGUAUCAGGCAGCUAGAUUGGAAGAGGGGGAUGAAAUGAUUGAUAGGAUGAGAUCUGCUGGCUUUGGUGAGUUUCUUGAUAAGAAGGCUUACUAUCAGUUCCUCAAGAUUUUGUGUGGCAUUGAGAGGGUUGAUCAUGCUUUGAGUGUGUUUGCUAUGAUGAAGGAUGAUGGGUGUGAACCCGGGGUUAUAACUUAUGACUUGUUGAUGGGGAAAUUGGGUGCCCACAAUCGUAUUGAUAAGGUUAAUGCUCUAUUCAAUGAAGCAAAGAGUAGAGGGUUGCCUGUGAUACUCAAAGAGUAUGCUGUUGACCCGAGGUAUUUGAAGAAGAAGAAGAAGGUUGUCAAGGGUGUGAAGAAGAGGGAAACCUUGCCUGAGAAAAUGGCUAGGAAGAGAAGCCGCCUGAAACAGAUUCGGCUGAGUUAUGUGAAGAAGCCCAAACGAGUGAUGGGUCGUUGAUCAUUUUUUGUACUUUAAAGUCAAUCAGAAAAGUGAAGUCGGGAGAUAAAGGUCUUGGAUGUAUUCUAGCUCAUACCAUGGACCUUGUUGAAACUUUUCAGGUAUUGUACUCAUUAUGGAGACUUUAUUAUGUCGAUAUAAUUGAAGAGUGAAUACUGUUUUGUUGAAAUUACAUGUGGCAGAUCAAUGUAUUUUCUGUGAAAUUGCCCUUGCUUAAGUACACCUUGCAUAAUUUUCUUU